UUGUCGAUAAACAAGAAAUUUUAGCAAUGGUGGAAGAUAAGAAGAACAACGAAGAGUUAACAGACGCGGAGGCCGAAUUGUAUGACAGGCAGAUUCGUCUGUGGGGAUUAGAAUCACAGAAACGAUUACGCGCUGCCAAAAUUCUUCUGAUUGGUCUGGAUGGCUUUGGGGCAGAGAUCGCUAAGAAUAUCAUUUUAGCUGGAAUCAACGCUAUUACAUUCCUCGACCAUAGAGAUGUGACAAAUUUAGACAGAUGUUCACAAUUCUUUGUACCUAAAGAAGACAUUGGAAAGAAUAAAGCCGAAGCAUCGUUACCAAGGGCGCAAAAUUUGAACCCUAUGGUCAAUGUCAAUGCAGACACAGCAAAAGUUGAUGAUAAGCCUGAUGAGUAUUUUGGACAAUUUGACGUAGUAUGUGCCACACAUUGUACCAUAACGCAACUCAAGAGGAUCAAUCGAGUCUGCAGGGAACAGAAAGUCAAAUUCUUUGCCGGGGAUGUAUGGGGAUCGCUUGGAUAUACAUUUGCAGAUCUGCUGGAACAUGAAUAUGCAGAGGAUAUUGUGCAAACGAGGAAAGUACAAAUACCAGAAAGCGGUGAGCCCAUGGUGAAAGAAAAGUUUGAAAGCAUAACAGUUACGGAGAAACACACCGAUAUUUUUGUACCUUUUGAAGUUAUACUGUACGUACCAAAGUCAUCUUUGCCUAAAGAGUCGGAGAUUUAUCAUAUGAUGCUAAUAAUGCUGAAUUAUCGCGAGAAAUAUGGCGAUGAUCCACAACCUAACGAGAGAGGCUCUGAGAAUCUGAAAAAUAUAGCUUCUCAAAUUAUUGAGAAGUAUGAACUCGAGAACACGAUAGAUCAUUUAAUAGAAAACGACUUGUACGCGCAAGUCAGUCCGGUUUGCGCUAUCGUCGGCGGUGUUAUGGCCCAGGAAAUAAUCAAGGCUGUAUCACAAAAGGGCACGCCGCACAAUAAUUUAUUUGUAUUUAAUCCAGACACAUUGUGUGGAAAGAUAUUGAAAUUGGGCCAUUAAUAUCAGAUUCACAGAGGUGUGAGAUACAAAGUGAAGUGACAUUUCUGAUACAGUGGAAUACAUGGUGAACAUUAUUUUAUUACCUCAUUCAUCCUUUUUAUACGUGAUACAUGUGGCAAAUAAAACGAGAAGAAAAAUACUUGUAGCUAUCGUACAGUCAUAUUUUGAAAAU